AUGGUCCUGUGGCGCCGCAAGCCCAAGACCGACGAGCAGAUUCUGACAGAAGGCGAGGAGAAGAAGAAAGUCGCGUGGCACCGGCGGCCGGCCAACACUGCUUUGCGACAGCAGCGACUGAGGGCCUGGCAACCAAUUUUGAGUCCCGCGACGGUCCUCCCGACGUUCUUCUUCAUCGGCCUCAUCUUUGUCCCGCUCGGAGGCGUCUUGCUCUGGGGCAGUAACAAGGUCAAGGAAUUCACGAUCGACUACACGCGCUGUGAAUUCGAAGCGCCGAACGACACCUUUGCCCAGCUCCCCUCGUCCAAAUACGAGUACCGCGUCGGCUCGUCCGUCUCGGUGCAGGCUCCGUCAUGGCAGUUUACGCAUGAUGAGAGUGCGCAGGUCGGACAGCAGAGCUUGUGCAGGUUGCAGUUCCAGCUGCCGGUCGAGAUGGAGAAGCCCGUGUUCAUGUACUACAAGCGUGCGGUUCCCCGGCUCCCUCCCUCCCUCCCUUUGACCAAGCUGACGAACGCGUGGGCAGUCACCGACUACUACCAGAACCACCGUCGCUACGUCAAGUCAAUCGACUCGAACCAACUGAUGGGCCACGCCGUCGCGUUCGACACCAUCAAGGGAGGCGACUGCAAGCCUGUGGACGUGACGGACGGGAAGACGAUUUACCCGUGUGGACUGAUCGCGAACUCGUUGUUCAAUGACACCUACCUCCAGCCUGUCCUGCUCACGCCCUCCGGCUCCUCAUCGAACGUGACCUACAACAUGACCGACAAAGGCAUCGCCUGGCCUGGCGAGUCAAAGAAGUACCGACCGACCUCCUACUCUCCCUCCGACAUUGUCCCGCCUCCGUACUGGCGCGCCCGCUACCCGGACGGCUACACAGCGGACAACUUGCCAGAUUUGAGCCAGGACGAGCACUUCCAGGUUUGGAUGCGCACGGCGGGAUUGCCGACGUUCCGCAAGUUGUACUUCCGCAAUGACGAGGAGAGUAUGCCGACGGGAACGUACGAGGUCAGCAUUCACAUGAACUACCCGGUCGCGAUGUUCGGCGGCACAAAGUCGCUCGUCUUCUCGACCGUCUCGUUCAUCGGCGGCAAGAACCCGUUCCUCGGUAUCGCGUACAUCGCGGUCGGAGGAGCGUGCGUGUUGCUCGGGCUGUUGUUGACCCUGAGGCACUGCAUCAAGCCGAGGAAGUUGGGCGACCCGCAGUACCUCUCGUGGAACCGGACACCAGCUCGCUAA